UGAUGCAUUAGAGUUGUGUUAUGUGUAGAUGUCGCUGUUACGCGAGUUUUGAUCACAAAUAUUUAAGGUAUUUUGUUAGAAUACGAGUUUAAAUCUCGUUUAUGAUUGAAAUAACAUUGUGAUUCAAAAACGUCACAGUCCAGAGUAUACUACAAUAAUUCAAUAGCUGAUAAAAAUGGACAGCUAACGAAGAUGAAACAGCUGAUAAAAGUUCUGUGAUAAUGCCUGACUCAUUGUUAGUACAUGACCUUAGGCAAUAGACGCCUAUGUUUGUUAUAAAUUGAUGCAAUAUUCCUUUGUGUUCGAGUGAACGUGGUUCGAAACUCUGAUGCCUGAGUUUUUGAGUUUCCAUAGACGUCAAUCAUUGAGUUUCCAUAUGAAGAAAUAAAUUUAUCAAGCAUCACCGUGAUUGCUACACAGUGAAUGUGAUUUUAGUUCUUAAUUAACAAGAAAUGGCUUUAUCUAUUGGAUUUGUUGCUUUAUCUCUGCUUUCUGUGACAGUAGCCAACGUUAUUUAUUAUCAACCUGAGGCUGUACAUCUUGCUUAUGGAGAUAAUAUUCAUGAUAUCGUUGUAACAUGGAGCACUAGAAACAAUACUGAAGAAUCAAUUGUAGAGUAUGGAAUAGGAGGAUUAAUUCUAAAAGCUCAAGGAAAUUCUUCUGUGUUUAUUGAUGGUGGGAAGGAAAAACAGAAGCAGUAUAUUCAUAGAGUAUGGUUAAGAAAUUUGGAACCUAAUUCUAAAUAUAUUUAUCACUGUGGUAGCAAAUAUGGAUGGUCUAAUGUAUUUUACCUAAAAACUGCGCCCGAGGAAUCAGCACAAUGGUCACCUCACAUUGUUAUCUUUGGUGACAUGGGCAACGAAAAUGCUCAAAGUUUACCCAGAUUGCAAGAAGAAGCACAACGUGGAUUAUACGAUGCAGCAAUUCAUAUCGGAGACUUUGCAUAUGACAUGAAUACCGAUAACGCACGUGUUGGGGAUGAAUUCAUGAAACAAAUAGAAGAAGUGGCUGCAUAUUUGCCAUAUAUGACAGUACCUGGUAACCAUGAAGAGAAAUAUAACUUCAGUAAUUACAGGUCUCGUUUCACAAUGCCUGGAGAUUCUGAAGGUCUAUGGUACAGUUUUAACGUAGGACCAGUUCACUUCAUAGCAAUUGAAACAGAAGCUUAUUAUUUUAUGAAUUAUGGUAUAAAGCUACUUGUUAAACAAUAUGAGUGGUUAAAAAAAGAUUUAAUAGAGGCAAAUAUACCAGAGAAUAGGAUACAAAGGCCGUGGAUAGUUGCGUUUGGUCACAGACCAAUGUACUGCAGUAAUGCUAAUUCCGAUGAUUGCACUAAUCAUCAAAGUCUAGUCAGAGUUGGAUUGCCAAUCGUAAAUUGGUUUGGCCUCGAGGAUCUGUUUUUUGAGUACAAAGUAGACUUAUUAUUAUGGGCUCAUGAACAUAGUUACGAACGUUUGUGGCCCAUAUACAAUUUUAAGGUACAAAAUGGUAGUUAUGAAAAUCCGUAUGAAAACUACAAGGCACCUGUACAUAUAAUAACAGGAUCAGCGGGAUGCAAAGAAGGUCGUGAAAAAUUUGUUCCACAUAAGCCGGAGUGGUCUGCGUACCGUAGUUCGGAUUACGGAUACACUAGGAUGAAAGCGUAUAAUCGGACUCAUCUUUAUCUCGAACAGGUAUCCGAUGACAAGGAAGGUGCAAUUUUAGAUCAUGUUUGGCUUACAAAGGACAACGUCUUGCCGUCGUACAAUAUGGACCUUCUUGAAAAUAAAAUAUAAAACAAAGUGUAGAAUAUAAUUUAGGACAAAGUAAUUGAAACGAUAUACAGAUAUAACUUUUAUCGUCUUUCUUUUUCGACAAUGUAUCAUGCUCUUUGAUGGUAAAUAGCAAAACUGCGUAUGUGCCACCAAUUUUAAA